UGUAAUAAAGACUCCAUAAAGUGAUACAUACAUCACCUCUCUUUAUUUUUUUAUUUUUUUUGCAUUUUAAACUUGGCUCCUUCCCAAUUAACACUUUUUUUAAUCAUCUCUGCGUAUUAGCCAUGGUUGUAACACAGGAGCAUGAGGUACCUAGUGGAUGGCCACUUGGGCUGGAAAACAUGAACAUAAGGCUUAGAGUAGCUGAGAGAUCUCAGGCUGUAACAGUUGCAGCAGCAGGAGAAGCUGCAUACGGUUUGUACGUAUCUUCGCCUAGUUUCUCAUCUUUUUCAUCCUCCAGCCUAGACACUGAGUCUACAAUGUCAUUUUUCCAAGAUCAAAGUGUGUCUCUAGGCCGACUUAUCGGUAUUAAACCAGGAAGCAGAGGAAUAUCAAGCAGAGUUCAUAAUGAGGAUGUUUGUGUUACAAGAUCAGAGGCAGAGGAUUACAAGGGACAACAAGGAGAUAAUAUGUCGUAUAAACUUUGUGUUCCAUUGCUACAUAAUGUGUUAGAGAAGAUGACUCGUAGUAAGAGUAAUUCACACUCACCUAAAACCUGAUUUUAUUUCCCACAAAUUGAUUGUGACACUAGCAAUGUUGCUUUGUCAUUUCUGUUUUUCUUCUUUGUAUUUUGAUAAUAAAAUAACACAAUUGUAGACAAAAAACAACAACUUUAGUUUGGAAAAAUGAAUUGUAUUUUGGUAAUAAAAUAACUUGGAAAAA